AUUAGCAGCAGCCUGAAGUGUGCGCGAGGACGACUCAAUUGAGACGUGGAAGGUUCUCGAAGGAGUCGUCACGUGCUUCCGGAAGCUUGUAAUGGCCGCAGACAGGAAGUGGAAGCACGUGGAACUGUCCCGCUAAACAGUUCACCACCUGGGAGGUGAGUGGAGCAGUGAGCAGCAGCGAUGGCCGAGCCCGGGAAUAAUUUUUGGUGAUUUAACCCCCAAUUCCAACCCUUGAUGCUGAGUGCCAAGCAGGGAGUCUCGCAAUUCACCAAAACUUCACCGUGGAGUUAUUGAGUCUGUUUAGCUGAUCGGAGAGCUAGCUUCCGCAGCUAGUGGAUCCAUGACGAUGACUUCUGUUUUGUUUGAUGAGCCGUUUUACUGCCGUGUUACAGACACCGUUUGAAAACAACUAAGAGAAGAAGUGGACUUUCUGUUUGUGUAACCAGUGGAGGGCGGAGGAGUGGAGGGCCAGGGGACUAACCUGGCCAUCAAACGGACUGGAAGCCUCUCCUCUCCUGGGAUCAUGUACCCUCAGGGCAGGCAUCCGGUCCCCUUGCAACCUGGCCAGUCUUUCAAGUUCACCGUCCUGGAAACUCUGGACCGGAUCAAGGAGGAGUUCCAGUUCCUCCAGGCCCAGUAUCACAGCCUGAAGCUGGAGUGUGAGAAGCUGGCCAGCGAGAAGACGGAGAUGCAGCGGCACUACAUCAUGUACUAUGAAAUGUCCUACGGUCUCAACAUCGAGAUGCACAAGCAGGCAGAGAUCGUCAAGCGUCUCAGUGCCAUCUGCGCUCAGAUCAUCCCUUUCCUCUCUCAAGAGCACCAGCAACAGGUGGUCCAAGCAGUGGAGCGGGCCAAGCAGGUGACCAUGGCAGAACUGAACGCCAUCAUUGGGCAGCAGCAGCUCCAGCACCUGUCCCACCACGCCCCGGGCAUCCCCCUCACGCCACACCCGUCUGGCUUGUCUCUGGGCGCGGGCGGCUCUGGCCUUCUGGCGCUAACGGGUGCGUUGGGGAUGACGGCGCACCUGGCCUCCAAAGACGAGCGAAACCACCUGGACCCUGAACAUCUCAGAGAGGGAGCGCCCAGCAGGAGUAAGUCCGUGUCGUCCACAGACAGUCAGCCCCCCGAAGAGCGCCAGGGGCCCUCAGGUGGCUACGCCUCCUCGCAGGGAGGAGCUGAGGCCAAGAGACGACGCUGUGACGACAAAGAGGCCCUCCCACCGCACUCUUACGACAGCGAUGGAGAUAAAAGUGAGGACAAUCUGGUGGUGGACGUAUCCAAUGAGGAGCCAAACUCUCCGGCAGGAAGCCCGCCUCAUGGAAACGGUUUGGACCGCACUCCUGCCUUAAGGAAGGAGGCCCCGGGCUCUUCAGGCCCAGCAGAGGCACCCUCCACCCCAAACCCCUGUAGCCCCGCCCCAGGGAAGGCCAAAGAUCCCACACAGAUGGAUAAGUCCCAGUCGCCAUUGUCCAAGUCCAGCACGCCGUCCCCGUCCCAGCGUGAGGUUCUUACCCCGGGAGCUCCUGGAGCACCUGGUCCCAGCACUUCCUGCCUGCGUCUGGUCAGCAAAGCGCCGUCUGCGGCGGACCCGCUUGCGCUCCGCAGCCCCAUGUCUGUGCCCCCCGCUUCCUUCCCGGCUCAUUUUGGGGUGGUGUCCCACGCAGGACUCAAUGGCGAGCUGGCCAGCCCAGGAGGCUUCGGUGGGGCUCUGACUCUCUCGCCCCAGAUCAGUGCAGCGGCCAGCGCCUACUCCCGCAGCCCCCUGGUGGCUUAUGACUCUCGACCUCACCUGAGGGCCUCAGGCCUGUCGUCUUCUCUGCCGGGUUCAUCUGCUGGAAAACCGGCCUACUCCUUCCACGUGAGCGCAGACGGGCAGAUGCAGCCGGUGCCCUUCCCCCCCGACGCCCUGCUGGGCCCGGGCAUCCCUCGCCACGCCCGGCAGAUCCACAGCCUGAGCCACGGCGAGGUGGUGUGCGCCGUCACCAUCAGCGCCUCCACGCGCCACGUCUACACGGGAGGCAAAGGCUGCGUCAAGGUGUGGGACAUCAGCCAGCCCGGCACCAAGAGUCCCAUGGCCCAGCUCGACUGUCUGAACCGAGACAACUACAUCCGCUCUUGCAAGAUCCUCCCCGACGGGCGCACCUUGAUAGUGGGGGGUGAGGCCAGCACGCUGUCCAUCUGGGAUCUGGCCACGCCCACCCCUCGCAUCAAGGCGGAGCUGACGUCGUCGGCCCCGGCCUGCUACGCCCUGGCCAUCUCACCCGACAACAAGGUGUGCUUCUCCUGCUGCAGCGACGGCAACAUCGUGGUCUGGGACCUGCACAACCAGACCUUGGUCAGACAGUUCCAGGGCCACACAGACGGAGCCAGCUGCAUCGACAUCUCCAACGACGGCACCAAGCUGUGGACGGGAGGACUGGACAACACCGUGCGCUGCUGGGACCUCCGGGAGGGACGGCAGCUGCAGCAGCAUGACUUCACCUCCCAGAUCUUCUCUCUGGGUUAUUGUCCCACUGGAGAGUGGCUGGCUGUGGGAAUGGAGAGCAGCAACGUGGAAGUCCUGCACGUGUCCAAGCCUGACAAGUACCAGCUGCACCUUCACGAGAGCUGUGUUCUCUCACUCAAGUUUGCAUACUGCGGCAAGUGGUUCGUGAGCACAGGAAAAGACAACCUGUUGAACGCCUGGAGGACCCCCUAUGGAGCCAGUAUUUUUCAGUCCAAGGAGUCGUCGUCGGUGCUGAGCUGUGACGUGUCCCCUGAUGACAAGUACAUCGUGACGGGCUCCGGGGACAAGAAGGCCACGGUGUACGAGGUGGUGUACUGAGGGAAGGUGUAUGAGGUGGUGUACUGAGGGAAGGUGUAUGAGGUGGUGUACUGAGGGAAGGUGUAUGAGGUGGUGUACUGAGGGAAGGGAGGACACUCUGGGAUGCUUUCUUUUGCUUUGUUUAACUUUGGAAGACAGGAGGAGGCGGCAACUGGUCGCCUUGACAACCGCAUCCUCUCGACCCCGGACACCUCUUUCACUUGUAAAGACUGCAGCGUGAAGAUGGCGGAGGAAUGUGUGUGUGGACACAAUCUAAAGGGGGUGGGGGGGUAAUUAGGGCUGUUUCCUGAUUAAGAGCUCAGUGGAAGGAGCCCACACACACACACACACACACACACACACACACACACACACACACACACACACACACACACACACACACACACACACACACACACACACACACACACACACAGGAGGUGUCGAGGGAACGCCAGCCAGCAGCACUGAUAGCACACGAUCCAUUCAUUAGGCAGACAGAGGAGGCUUUAAUGAGGAUGAUGUCACCAGCCGCAGGGGGCACACGGCAAGGUGCUCGCCAUCUCACACACACACACACACACACACACACACACACACACACACUUACACAUACUCCCCCGGAGGUCAUUGAGAGAAAACACACUAAUUAAAUAGUGAGUACAGCAUCCUUACUUAAUAUCUGUUUUGUUUUUGUGCUAACAAAGGCGACGUCUAAUGAGCUCACACACACACACACACACACACACACACACACACACACACACACACACACACACACACACACACACACACACACACACACACACACACA